CCUCUGAAGCCCGCUGAAUUGCAAGUACUCCGAGCCCAAUAUGAAAAAGAGGGCGAUUACGUGGGCAUUCAAACAAAGUUCAACUAUGCAUGGGGUCUUAUCAAGUCAAAUGUCCGAUCCGAUCAGCAAGAAGGAGUCCGUCUACUCUCCGAAAUCUUCCGCGGCGCACCAGAACGACGACGAGAGUGUCUCUAUUACUUGGCCCUAGGCAACUAUAAACUAGGAAACUACGGAGAGGCUCGUCGCUACAAUGAUCUAUUGCUGCAGAAGGAACCGGCCAACUUGCAAGCGGCCAGCCUAGGCUCGCUUAUUGAUGAUAGGGUGGCGAAGGAAGGACUGAUGGGGAUUGCUAUUGUUGGUGGCCUAGCAGUAGCUGCGGGAGUUGUGGGCAGUCUGAUUUUGAAAGGAACCAGAAGACGAUGA